AUGGCGCCCUCUUCCAUGUUCGAGGACCUACUGAGCCAAGCCUGCGCCGCCGCCCAGGAUGCUCGACCGCUGAUCCCGAUGUACAUCCACCUCAUCCUCUCCGCCUUAUUUCCAAUCUACACUGGCGCACAUGCCUCGCUCUCUCGACCAUCAUCCGCAGCGAAGCCGGACAAGAAGAAGAGAAAAGCCGCUGAAGAUGAGGAGGACGAGGACGAAGAGAAGGUCCAGCAGAUGGAAGGGCUGAGCAACAAGGACGCCAUUGUUCUCCCAGUCACCGCUGGGAUCGUGCUCACUGGACUGUACUUCCUCAUCAAGUGCGUAGGGGUGUACAGCGUCGCGCAACUCAUCAACGACGGGCUCAACUUUGCUAUUGGCUUUCUCUUUCCGAACUACUACGCUUCUUCCCGGACGCUGUGGACGGUCAAGAAUGCUGAGGGUAGAGCUGUACGCCAGGACGAGAAGGAGGCGAAAGACACACCUCUGCCAGCGUAUCUGAACGCUGUUCCACUGCCCGCGAGGCUGAAGACCGCAUUAUGGUCACUUCGUCGCCUUGUCAAGCAGAAGUAUACUUUGAAAGCUUACAUCGACACUAUCAUUGAUCUACGUCUCAAAGUCACUGUUGUCAACGUCGUUUCGGCUGCCCUUGGACUUGGUACCAUCAUCUACGUCAACACGAUUUCGAAGCCGUGGUUCUUGACCAACCUCCAGGGUUUUGCAGUCUCAUACUCGGCAUUGCAACUGAUGUCACCUACCACGUUCGCCACAGGUAGCCUCAUUCUCGGUGCUCUGUUUUGCUAUGACAUCUGGGCCGUGUUCUUCACGCCGUUGAUGGUCUCCGUGGCAAAGAACCUUGACCAACCGAUAAAACUCGUCUUCCCGCGACCAGAUGAGCCUGGCAAGACACCAGACGAACCGCCAGUGAGGAGUUACAGCAUGCUUGGGCUUGGUGACAUUGUUCUGCCCGGCAUCAUGAUUGGCCUUGCUCUCCGAUUCGACCUCUACCUCUUCUACCUUAGGAAGCAAUCAAGGACCCAGAAGGUUACUGCAGACUCUGCAGACAAGAACGCCAUAGAGGAGGCCGUGGACAAAGCACCCUACGUCUCUGCUACAGGGCGUUGGGGUGACCGCUUCUGGACUUGGACGCUCCCAAAGUCAGCCUUACCACCGCGGCUUCGAACGUCAUUUCCGAAGCCAUAUUUCACAGCCGCAAUGGUGGGCUAUGUGAUUGGCAUGCUCACUACAUUAGCUGUGAUGAGCGUCUUCCAGCAUGCUCAGCCUGCAUUGCUGUACCUCGUUCCAGGCGUGCUCAUCAGCUUAUGGGGCACGGGUCUGGUGAGGAGAGAGCUGAAGGAGAUGUGGGAGUUCACCGAAGCCAUCACCGGCGAACAGCUGGACGAGGGUGACGAAGACUCCAAGAAGAAUGGCGAAGGCGACAAGGCGCAGAAGGACCAGAAGGGACUGUUCGAACGGCUAUGGAGCGACAUCUGGUCAUCGAACGACACCGACAAUGACAGCAGAGACAAGGCCACGAAAGCCGAGGACGAGAAAGAUGCGACGAAACCCGGCAAGACCACUGAGGAAGGCGAAGCAAAAAACGCCACGGAGAAGCACCGCGAGGACGGGAUCGUGUUUUCGAUCGAAGUAUCACGGUUCAAGCCUUCCGGCAAGCGCGCAGGAACGGACAAUCCAGAGGAGCAGAAAGCUGCGGAGGCCGAGCAUCCUCGAGACACCGCUGCAACAUCCUCGUCUAGUCUCAACGGCAGCGAUGAGCCCAGAUAUCGGACCCGGAGUUCUCGCUCGUAG